AUGCCUUACGCCGAGCCCACCUCCCCCAUCCCCUCUCCGGCCAAGGAGACAUCCUCCCGCAAGGGCUGGAUGUCCCCUCCGACCCACGUCGAAGACAUGGACGCCGGACCAUCUAUAGCCACCGGUCCCAUGCCUGGCAUUCCUCGUCGAACAUCCUCCAACCACUCUUCCUCCUCAUCCACCCCUCGCCGUGCCCUCUCCCCCACGGUGUCUCGCCAUUCCAGCGCUACACAGCCCUUUGUCGCUUCUCGGCCGAUGGAGGGGCUGCCUAGGCGGCUGAGCAGUAGCGGUGGCGGAAGCGGGAUGGGCGUCUCGGGUCUUCCCACAGACGGCGGCUCGCUCGGUCUCAAGCUCCACCCCAGUCCCGUCAAGGGUACGGUCCCACCACCUACACCUCGCUCUCAGAAAGACUCGAUGAGCUCCGUCUCCACCGUCGAUAGCUCUCUACCUCCUACACCAUCAGACGAACCCGCCGACCUCCCCUACACCUCUCCCAAAGACCAGUACAUCUCCGGCGGCAUCCCCUUCCCGCCAUACCAGCCCGCGCCUCGGUCCGCCGCGCCCGCUCGGAGCGCCAUGUCGCCCGCUCGCCCGACCCUCAUCAACUCUCGGCGGUCCUCCCACAUGUCUUCACAUCGGCGCGACGGCCACUCGGGGUCGCUCCAGAUGUUCCCCCAAUCCUCUUCUUCCUCUCACCUCCCCGUCCAGUCCACACCGGUCGGGACCUACUCUCCCGCUGUUCGCCCAGCUUCCAUGAUCCGCAAAAAGUCCGGCGAGGUCGUCAAGCCUUCUCUGAAGCAGCGGUCCAUGUCCACCCCAGACCUCACUCGGCAGAAAGAGGAAUCAUCACCCAACUCGCCCGAGACGGAGGAUCGGGACUUUCCCGAGGAACGCUCCAAGUCUGUCCGCUUUGCAGACACCGACGAGGCGGCGGACGGUCGAGCGCUCGAAAACGUCGUCCUCUUCCUCCGUGAACAAAAGGUCACUGCGAUCGGCAAGGCGGCGGAUCCGGAUCGUGCGGGCCAAAUCACCGAUACGGAAACCGAGGUUGACAAUGAUACGGAUGCGUCCGACUUUGUGCAGUUCCGCACUCGCCGGAAUGCCGCUGCGCAGAAGACGGAUGAUGAUCGGCUGGUCAUGGAGGGAGGGAGUACGGUGCCGAGGGUCCGCGUGGACUUUGGCGAUCCGCGCUCGCUGCAGGGGGAGAAUGUGGUGCUGGAGCGGAUUGAGCUGGCGACCGAUGCGGGACCGCUCCACCUCAAGGGAACGGCGAUCGUCAGGAAUUUGUCGUUCCAGAAAUGGGUCGCUGUACGGUUUACCAUGGAUCACUGGCAAACCGUCUCUGAAGUCGCCGGUCUGCACGUCACCCACAUCCCGUCCGAAACCACCGGUGACGAAGGAUGGGACCGCUUCUCCUUUUCCGUCAAGCUCGAGGACUACAAGCGCAAGCUCGACGAGCGCCAACUCGUCAUGUGCAUCCGGUUCUCGAUCGACGGGCAGGAAUGGUGGGACAGCAACACGGGGAUCAACUACAACUUUACGUUCAAAAAGGCCGCUCCACGUCGUCCGACCCGUCACUCCAAUCCCGCCGGAUACCCCAAGAUGGCAGCGCAAGAUGCGUCCCUCGCUAGCCUCCCCGGUCUGCGGCAGAACCGUCACGUCUCCCCCUCGAGCCAAAUCAACCGGGCGUUCGGCGUCAGCGACAGCAAUCGGCAGACGACCGGACCAAAAUCUUGGAUCUUCCCCAAGUUCGCCGCCAAUAUUGACGGUCCCCCGUCACGCCCCGACUCACCCGUCACACCUGCCCCUGCUGCGUCGUUCCGAGCGCCCAAGGUCCCGGACGUACACAACCAUCUCUCCCUCUCCAAGCGGUACUGCGCGCCUUCGCCGCCUACCUCCCCUCCCAAGCUAUCGGAAGGGGACCAGCUCUCGCCCCCGCUCAUGCUCUCCCCGGACGUCGAUCUGAGCAUGGGCUUCGUCGCUGGUCAUCCGGCGACGCUGUAUCCUGCUCGCGCUGGCGUAGCGCAUGAGCGCCGCAGCAGCUGGAACGGCGAGACGGAUACGUGGAAGUCGUUCUCGCAGGCGCUGAGUGAGACGAGCGAGACGGAGACGGAUGAGCCGGUCCAGCCUAUUGAUGGGGAGACGACGCCCAUUGCGCUUAGGUCUCGCUCGCCUCAGCGCGGCGGGAUGGCUCCUGAUCCUCUCGAGCGAGGUAGGGAGCAGGAGAGGGACAUGGAUAGUGAUAGCCGGGACGGGUCGCCCGAAUUCCGCGGUCUGCGCACCAAGCGGUCCACCGGCAAUCUACGCGAUCUCCUCUCGGACGAGACACCCCCUUCGUCCAAUGUAUCUUCCCCUCCUUCGCCCGCCAUUGUCGGUUUGCCCGUCAUGGACAUGUCACCCCAUUCGUCCGUCGCCUCUACCGGCGCAUCGAGCCCUAUCACCAAUUUCAGCAAUAGCGAUUCGGGUCCUGACCUUUCGGAUCUCGUCAUCCAGGUGGACCCGGACGAGAGGGGCAGAGUGGGCGACCCUAAGCUGUUGACGAAUAAUUACGAGGAGUUUUUGAAAAAGUUCUGCUUUUUCCAAUCCCCACGCAUGACGCCCGUCGAGGGUAUCGUCCCGUCUCCUCAUCCACGCGCAUACGCCCACCCCGGCCAACCAGGACACGGCAGCCCUUCCGGCUUCCCCUUCUUCCACAACUCAUCCUCCAACUCGCCGCGCGGCACGCCGACACCUACGGGUCAAUACGACUCGGCGUCCGACGCGUUCAACUUCCCCGUCGUUCCCAGUCCGCUUAUCCCGCAUUCGCAGCUGCAGCUGGGCCAGUCGACGUCGAGUACGGGAUCGACGGAGGAGACGGGCUCGACGAUGAGCUCGAUGAGCACGGCGGGGACGGAGGGCGAAGGUGAGGGGGAUGAGAUGGGUGGUAUUGAAAGAGGUGCGGUGGAGGGUACGAGCGGGAGUACGCCCAAGGCGACGCCGAUGUUGGGGAACAGCCCGGGGACGCCCGCUUCCCACCUGGAGGAGCUGCAGGCGGCGUAUGGGACCCAGGGGCUACCGUGGGCGAGGUCCAACCCGCCUCAGCUUGCCGGAGGCCACUAG